AUGAUUGGGAUGCGGAAGCUUACGCGGGCGGAGCGGGAAGCGACGGAGGCGGAGGAGCGGAAACAGCGCGAGGAGAUCGCGCAAAUGGUGGACGCGCAGCGGAAGGCGCGGGAGCAGGCGGAGGGGGCGAGUACGAAUAACUGGGAGGUUGUCGGGAAAAAGCCUGCAACUGUCGGAAAAGCGGUCGAGCAACACCAGCAGCAGCAGCAGCAGCGGGGGGGGCAGGAGGCAGAAGCGUGUGGCAGGGAGUGGCAGAUGUGGGGCUCGUCCCUCCGCCUCUCAGACGCGCUCGCCGCCACACCUCCUACAUUUGCUGCUGCCUCCUCCGCUGCUCUUCCCUCCUCCUCCCCUCUUCCCGCCUCCGCUCUUUCCUCCUCCCCUGUUCCUUCCUCUUCUGCUGCUUCCCUCACCACCACCCUCACCACCACCACCACCCCUCAUUCCUACCUCGCCAAUCCCUUCGCCCUCCCCUUCUCCUCGCCCUUCUCACUGGGGUUUUCACCCACUCUCGUGCCCGCCACACCCGUCGACCCAGCGCCACUGACAAAUAGCCCACUCAAUCUGAGCACCCCUGCUGCUCCUCUGCCCAGUACUGCUGUCGGGACGGUAGAGAGGAGCGGUUUCACCGGAUCAAAGAACAAUUUUAACGCAGCGAGGCAUGCUUUCCCUGGGUCCUGGAGUGCAGGGGGGGUGGCUUCUGAGUCGAGUCAGCAGUCACCUCGUUUUCCUGGGUCGUGGAGUGCUGGGGGCCAAGAUUUGACUGGGUUCGGCGAUGCGCUAAAGAGUAACGCGUUUAGAGCAGCAAUCGGUGGCGGCAGAGGAGGGGUGGGCGGCGGGGCGAGCGGCGGAGGGAUGCGGGCGGCGUGGAUGGCGGAGAUGUGGGACGAGGACGUGCCGCCCGCUUUCGUGGAUUGCAUCACGCAGGAGAUCAUGCGUGAUCCAGUGAUCACGGCCGACGGGCACUCUUACGAACGGGCUGCGAUUGAAAAGUGGCUCAUGUGA